AAGCUCCGCCCACUCCCAGCGUUCCGUGCGGAGCCCUGGCCGCCAUUGUUUGAAUUUGAAAACUACAAGUUGGUGGUGCUGUUCGCAGGUCGGGCAGGCCAGGCAACGUUUGCAGAAUGGAAUCUAAUUUAAAUCAAGAUGGAGUGCCUAGACCAUCAUAUGUUUUUAGUGCUGACCCAGUUGCAAGGCCUUCGGAAAUAAAUUUUGACAGCGUCAAGCUUGAUCUCUCUCGUGAAUUUUCCUUAGUUGCUUCAACCACUGAGGCAAACAUUUUGGAAUCCAAAGAUUAUGUCCAAGUUUUUCUUCGAAUAAGACCGUUCACACAGUCAGAAAAAGAACAUGAAUCUGAGGGCUGUGUGUAUAUGAUGGAUUCACAGACUGUUCUGCUGAAAGAUCCUCAAAGUAUAGUUGCUCGAUUAAGUGAGAAAACCUCUGGGCAGAUGGUACAGAAAUUCAGGUUUUCCAAGGUUUUUGGCCCAGAAACUACACAGAAGGAAUUCUUCCAGGGUUGCAUUAUGCAGCCAGUGAAAGACCUCUUGAAAGGACAGAGUCGGCUGAUUUUUACUUAUGGGCUAACCAAUUCAGGAAAAACAUAUACAUUUCAAGGCACAGAAGAAAAUAUUGGCAUUCUGCCUCGAACUUUGAAUGUGUUAUUUGAUAGUCUUCAGGAGAGACUUUAUACAAAAAUGAACCUUAAACCACAUAGAUCCAGAGAAUACUUACGGUUAUCACCAGAACAAGAGAAAGAAGAAGUUGCUAGCAAAAGUGCAUUGCUUCGGCAAGUUAAGGAGGUUGUUAUACAAAAUGACAGUUAUGAUACUCUUUAUGGAAAUUUAUCAAACUCUUUGAAUAUGACAGAGUUUGAAGAAUCCAUGAAAGAUUGUAAACAAGCUAGCUUGAAUAUGGAUAAUAAUAUAAAAUUUUCUCUGUGGGUUUCUUUCUUUGAGAUUUAUAAUGAAUUUAUUUAUGACUUGUUUGUUCCUGUGUCAUCCAAGUUCCAAAAGAGAAAGAUGCUACGCCUUUCCCAAGAUGUAAAGGGCUAUUCUUUUAUAAAAGAUCUACAAUGGAUUCAGGUAGCUGAUUCCAAAGAAGCAUAUAGACUUUUAAAACUAGGAAUAAAGCACCAGAGUGUUGCCUUCACAAAACUGAACAAUGCUUCUAGUAGAAGUCACAGCAUAUUCACUAUUAGAAUUCUACAGAUUGAAGAUUCUGAAAUGCCUCGUGUAGUGCGAGUCAGUGAAUUAUCUUUAUGUGAUCUUGCUGGUUCGGAACGAAGCAUGAAGACGCAGAAUGAAGGUGAAAGGUUAAGAGAAACUGGGAACAUCAAUACUUCUUUAUUGACUCUAGGAAAGUGUAUUAAUGUUUUGAAGAACAGUGAAAAGUCAAAGUUUCAUCAGCAUGUGCCUUUCCGGGAAAGUAAACUGACCCACUAUUUUCAAAGUUUUUUUAAUGGUAAAGGAAAAAUAUGUAUGAUUGUCAACAUCAGCCAGUGUUGUUUUGCCUAUGAUGAAACACUCAAUGUGUUGAAGUUCUCAGCCAUUGCACAAAAAGUUGGUGUUCCAGACAUUUUAAAUUCCUCUCAGGAGAAGACAUUUGGACCUGUCAGACCUUCUCAAGAUAUAUCACCAGAUAUCAAUAAUUCAGUUAAAACAUUAAAUGUAAAAAGAUCUACAAUUUCAUGGGAAAGUAGCCUGGAAGAUCUGGUGGAAGACGAAGACUUGAUUGAGGAUCUCGAAGAAGCUAAAGAAAAACAAAAUGUGGAAACCGAACUUACUGAUGAAGAUCUAGAUAUAACAUUAGAGGAAGAUAAGGCUUUCAUUAGCCGUGAGGAGAAGAGAAAACUAUUGGAUUUAAUAGAAGACUUGAAAAAAAAACUGAUAAAUGAAAGAAAAGAAAAGUUGACAUUAGAAUUUAAAAUUCGUGAAGAGGUGACACAGGAGUUUACUCAAUAUUUGACUCAACGGGAAGCUGACUUUAAGGAAACACUCCUUCAGGAACGAGAGAUAUUAGAAGAAAAUGCUGAAUGUCGUUUGGCUAUCUUUAAGGAUUUGGUUGGUAAAAGUGACACUCAAGAAGAACGAGUGAAUCAAGUUUGUACUAUGAAAGUUGAAACUGAAGAAGCACAUAAUUAUGUAGGAAUUGAAGAUAUUAUUGAUUCUCUUCAAGAUGAUGUCACUGAUAUUAAGAAACAGGCUGAAAUUGCUCACUUAUAUAUUGCAUCUCUUCCUGACCCCCAGGAAGCUAUUGCUUGUUUAGAAAUAAAGUUUAAUCAAGUUAAAGCUGAAUUAGCUAAAACCAAAGAAGAAUUAAUCAAAACCCAGGAAGAGUUAAAAAAGAGAGAAAAUGAAUCAGAAAUUAACUUAAAUUCAUUGGUUGAAGAGCUUAAGAAAUCUAAUGAGGACAAAGCUGGUACAUCUUUAAUAAUAAACAAAUUGGCUUAUAAUGAAACAGUUGAAAUGUCCACAGACAGCAAAACUGUAACUUAUUCAGGAAGAAAAAGAUUAAAUGAAAAUGAACUUCAACCACCAGCAAAGAAAGGACCUAUACAUGUUAGUCCAACUAUCACUGAAGACCAAAAGAAAAGUGAAGAAAUGCAACAGAGCAUUUCAGAAGAUGAGGAAAACUUUAGAAUUUUACCAGAAAAUAAUGAUAAUGAAGAGCUGAAAACACAAUUACUCCUUGUUGAGAAUGAACUUAGAAAUGAAAAGGAAGAAAAAGCAGAAUUAAAUAAACAGAUUGUUAGUUUGCAGCAGGAACUUAAUUUUUCUGAGAAAAAGAGCUUUUCUUUAAGUACAGCAGUCCAACAAAUUCAGUCAAAUUAUGACAGUGUAAUUUCUGAGUUACAUGUACAGAGAGGUAUAAAUCAAGAACAGGAGGAAAAGAUCAUGAAAUUGUCAAAGGAGAUAGAAAUCACUAGAAGAAACAUCACAAAUAAUGUUUCACAAAUAAAAUUAAUACAAGCAAAAAUAGAUGAACUACGAACACUUGAUCCAGUGUCUCAGGUUUCAAACAUAGAUUUACUCAGUCUUUGGGAUCUAUCAAGCAGUUCUCAAGAGGAUAAUUUGCCAAAUACACAGUUAUAUCUUUUGGAUAAUGAUUAUUUGGUAAGUAAACAGGUUAAAGAAUAUAAAGAAUUCAGUAGGCAAAGUUCUUUCCACUGUAGUAUUGAAGCCAUUUGGAAAGAAUGUAAGGAGAUUGUAAAGGCCUCCUCUAAAAAAAGUCAUCAGAUCCAGGAACUGGAACAACAAAUUGAAAAGUUACAAGCAGAAGUAAAAACCUAUGAGGAUGAAAAUAAGAGACUAAAUACAGAGGCUAGGAAGAAUAAAAAUCAAAAUGACCUACUAAAAGAAAAAGAAAAUCUUAUUCAUCAACUGAAAGAAGAAUUGCAAGAAAAAAAUGUUAAUCUUGAUGUUCAAGUACAGCAUGUACUUGAAGGAAAGCGAGCACUUUCAGAACUUACACAAGAUGUUACUUGCUAUAAAGUGAAAAUAAAGGAACUUGAAACAAUCUUAGAAACUCAGAAAGAUGAGUGUAGUCGUUCAGCAAAGUUAGAACAAGAAAUUUUGGAAAAGGACUCUAUUAUCUUGAAGCUAGAAGAAAAUCUGAAGGAAUUUCAAGCAAAUCUUCAGGAUUGUACCAAAAAAACCAAAGAUUUAAAUGAAAGGGAAGUCAGAUUAAAAGAAGAAAUCACACAAUUAACAAAUAAUUUGCAAGAUGCAAAGCAUUCACUUCAAUUAAAGGAAGAAGAAAAAGAAACCAACUGGAGAGAAACAGAAAAGUUGAAAGAGGAGCUCUCUGCAAGUUCUGCUCUUAUCCAGAAUCUGAAAGCAGAUAUUCAGAGGAAGGAAGAAGAUAAUGCUGAGCUGAAAGAGAAACUGGCUGAUGCUAAAAAGCAGAUUAAGCAAGUACAGAAAGAGGUAUCUGUUAUGCGUGAUGAGGAGAAGUUACUGAGGAUUAAAUUUAAUGAACUGGAGAAAAAGAAAAACCAGUGUUCUCAGGAUAUAGAUAUGAAACAGCGAACCAUUCAGCAACUCAAGGAGCAGUUAAGUAAUCAGAAAGUGGAAGAAGCUAUACAGCAGUAUGAGAAAGUAUGCAAAGAUCUAAAUGUUAAAGAAAAAAUAAUUGAAGACAUGCGAAUGACACUGGAAGAACAAGAACAAACUCAGGUAGAACAAGAUAAAGUGCUCGAAGCUAAAUUAGAGGAAGCUGAAAGUCUGGCCACAGAAUUGGAAAAAUUGAAGGAAAAAUGCAAAGAUCUGGAAACCAAAAAUAAUGAAAGGUCAAGUAAAGAACUUGAGGAUAAUACAGAUAUACUUAGUAAAAAGCUCAGUAAGCUUCAAGAUGAGUUACAGGAAUCUGAACAGAAAUAUAACUCUGACAGAAAGAAAUGGUUAGAUGAAAAAAUGAUUCUUAUCACUCAAGCAAAAGAAGCUGAGAAUCUACGAAACAAAGAGAUGAAAAAAUAUGUUGAAGACAGAGACCGUUGUUUAAAGCAACAAAAUGAAGUGGAAAUACUUACAGCACAGCUGGCAGAGAAAGAUAAUAAUCUUCAAAAGUGGCGAGAAGAACGGGAUCAACUGGUUGCAGCUUUAGAAAUACAGCUGAAAGCACUGGUCUCCAGUAACUUACAGAAAGAUAAUGAAAUUGAACAAUUACAAAAAAAGAUCACAUCAGAGGCCUCUAAAAUAGAAAAAGAAAUUAUGAAUAUCAAGCCCAGACAUACAAGUUCAACGGAUACUGGCAGAGUUAAAACUGAACCGCAGUCAAUGAGUUUUGAAAUUUCCAAGAAUGAAGUAGAGGAUGAAUCUGUAGUCCUUGACUCUUGUGAAGUGUCAACAGAAAAUAAUCAAACUACUCGAUUUCCAAAACCUGAGUUAGAGAUUCAGUUUACACCUUUACGGCCAAACAAAAUGGCAGUGAAACACCCUGGUUGUGCCUUACCUGUGACAGUUAAGAUUGCCAAGGCUCGGAAGAGGAAGAGUAAUGAAAUGGAAGAGGACUUGGUGAAAUGUGAGAAUAAGAAGAAUGCUACACCCAGAACUAAGUCCCCUGUUUCAGAGCAGAGAAAUUCUUCUGUCAAAAAAGAACAAAAGGGGUUCACACGUUCAUCAUCUCAGAAGACAUAUUCUUUACGGAGUCAGGCAUCUGCAAUUAAUAUAAACUUGGCCCCCAAGAAAAAAGAAGGAACGCUACAGAAAUUUGGAGACUUCUUACAACAUUCUCCAAUAAUUCUUCAAUCAAAAGCAAAGAAGAUAAUUGAAACAAUGAGCUCUUCGAAGCUCUCAAAUGUAGAAGUAAGUAAAGAAAAUGUAUCUCGACCAAAGCGGGCCAAACGGAAAUUAUACACAAAUGAAAUUUCAUCUCCUAUUGAUAUAUCUGGCCAAGUGAUUUUAAUGGACCAUAAAGUGAAGGAAAGUGAUCAUCAGAUUCUCAAACGACGACUUCGAACUAAAACAGCCAAAUAAAUCACUAUGGAGAAUGUUUUAAUACAAAUUUUAUAUUCAUAAUCAUUGUAACUUACAUCCUGACUUUAAAGAUAGUUGUAUAUAUUAUGGCAUCAAAUCCCUCUGUAUUGCUGUUUUAUACAUUGCAUAAUUUUAAUUCAAUAAAGAAAAUAAUUCAACCAUUUA